AGAACAGUACAUAACGUCACACUGUUUCAAAAUUGUUUAGUGGGUGUCCAAAAAUUACAUCCGCAAUCCCUAAUGGAAGGUUCCAAUGGAAUGGAAAACCUUCAGGCAGCGGCCACGACAUCGGACUUGAAUACAGAAACUGAAGCAGCGGUAAAUGACAGCUGGUGCGAGAUCGAGAGCGAUCCCGGUGUCUUUACACAGCUGAUACGUGACUUUGGCUGCGUGGGAGCGCAGGUGGAGGAGAUCUGGAGCCUGGAAGCAAGCAUUUUCCAUUACUUGGAGCCGAUACACGGCCUCAUCUUUCUCUUCAAGUGGAUGCACGACGAACAGCCCGACGGCCGCGUGGAGAGCAACUUCGACGAAAACAUUUACUUUGCCAAGCAGGUGGUCGAGAACUCCUGCGCCACGCAGGCCAUUCUCAGUCUGCUGCUCAACCUGAAGCACCCGGACAUCGAGCUGGGCGAGACGCUAACGCGCUUCAAGGAUUUAACCAUCAGAUUGGAUCCGCUGAGUCGCGGCUACUGCCUGGGCAACGAUCGGAAGAUCCGCACAGCCCACAACUCGUUCGCUCGUCCCACAUUUGUUGUGAACGAAUCACAGGAGGAAGAGAUUGAGGACGCCACCUACCAUUUUGUGAGCUACAUGCCCAUAGGCGAGCGGCUCUACGAGCUGGAUGGACUGCGGCUGGGGCCCACGGAGUUGGCCGUGAUCGCUCCGGGCCAGAACUGGCUGGACAUUGCACGGCCAAUCAUUGAAGCGCGUAUGCACAGCUACAGCACGGACGAGAUCCACUUCAAUCUGAUGGCGCUGGUCUCGGACCGGCAGCGCUUCUACGAGCGUCAAAUCGAGCAGCUCCAACGGGACUCGCUACAGCUGGCACAGCCCCAGCGAGAGGCGGAGAUGAACGAACUGCUACACAGGCUGCGUGUCGAGAAGGAAAAGAAUCGUCAAUACAGCGUGGAGAACGCACGCCGUCGCCACAACUACGUGCCCUUCAUCGUGGAGCUGCUCCAGCAGAUGGGCGAGAUCGGAGAGCUAACGCCAAUUCUGGAGGAAGCCAAGCUAAAUGCCCAUGAGGCCAACGAGAGUAGCGAGAAAGUUGAAGUUGAAGAUGAGUUUUAUUAAUCUCAAAUUUUGGAA